AUGGGUCGCGUGAAAGCCCAGGCGCAAAGAGAUGUGCGCCAGUCCGACCCCGUUCUGGUUCAAACCGGAAGUUCGGAUCCGAGACUGGCUCGAGUGAAACGCAAAUCGGGGUUGCCUACCGAUCAGUCGGCCACUCGACUCCCGGCGGAUAAACUCGGUCGCCCAAUUCAAUCCAGUGAUCCGUUAGAUGUGGUCAAAUCGCGCGAUGCCGUCACAGAAUCUGAUCAGAUGAGUCGGGUAGGUUACACAGCGGCGUUUACUCUGUUUUACCCUACACAAAUUGCUCUAAAAUGUUUUUGGUUUUUAUUCAGGAUAGACAGAAAAUAA